AUGACUGAUCCGUUUCAGUGCUCCAUUAUGAACUCAACAGUGAAUGAUACCUGGGACGAAGAUGCAUCGGAUUUGUUACAAGAUGAAUAUGAUGAUGGGUGGGUCUGGGACGACGCCACCUGGAUCUUAUGCUCAUCUUUCAUCAUAUUCACAAUGCAAACAGGUUUUGGCAUGCUCGAGUCCGGAUGCGUGUCAUUAAAAAAUGAAGUGAACAUCAUGAUGAAGAACGUGGUGGAUGUGGUUCUGGGUGGAAUCACGUAUUGGGCAUUUGGCUAUGGUUUCAGCUACGGAUCUGGACCAGGAACGAAUCCAUUCUUUGGAUUUGGCGAUUGGUUCUUGAACGCUGAGGGCAAAGCUAUUGGACCAGUCUUUACGACGUUCUUAUUUCAACUGUCUUUUGCUACCACAGCCACCACCAUUGUUUCUGGUGGAAUUGCCGAAAGAUGCAAUUUUUACGCCUACUGCUUGUUCUCUUUGGUGAAUACGGUGGUGUAUUGUUUCCCGGCGGGUUGGUUGUGGGGACAACACGGUUUUUUGAAGAAUUUGGGCGCUGUGGAUAUUGCCGGGAGUGGGGGCGUUCACUUGGUGGGCGGAUCUUCGGCUUUUGUGGCCGCCUCAAUUAUGGGACCUCGAUUGGGCCGUUGGGAUAUAUCGGGUGAUCCCCCAAUGGGUAGUCCAACUAAUGCGUGCAUCGGUUUAUUUAUGCUUUGGUGGGGAUGGAUGGCGUUCAAUGCUGGCAGCACUUUCGGAAUUUCGGGUCGAAAAUGGAUUUUGGCCGCCAAGGCCACGUGCACAACAAUGGUUUCCUCCUUUGCUGGCGGCAUUUUCUCGAUAUUCCAUAGUUUAUACGUUACCAAUGGAAAACUGGACAUCCUCAUGCUUAUCAAUGGAAUCUUAGGAGCUUUGGUUGGGGUCACAGGUGGAUGCGCCAUUGUGACUCCAAGGGAAGCAGUGUUCAUUGGCAUUAUUGGAUCAUUUCUGGCCAAUAUUACCGCUCCUUUGCUUAUUUGGCUGAAGAUUGACGACGCUGUUGGAGCCACUUGUGUUCAUGGAUUUGGUGGAAUGUGGGGCAUGUUGGCUGUUGGGCUGUUUGCUGAAAAGGAUGAGCUUGAGGGUUUCAGCCAAUACGCAGGACUAUUUCAUGGUGGUGGUUUCUAUUUGUUGGGAGUUCAAACAUUAUGUUGUGUUUGCUUCAUCGCUUGGUCCUCCCUUCUAACUUAUGUAUUGAUCAAAUCCAUUGAUAAAGUGAUCCAUUUCCGAAUGACUGAAAUUGAGGAGUUGGUGGGAGCCGAUUAUUGUGAGCACAACAUAUUACACCCUGGAGUGGGUGUCACGAGAGCCGUGAGUGUCAUCAAACGUUUUGACAAGUCCGUGGAUUUGGGGCUGAUUCCCGUGGGGAAGAACAAAGGCCAUAUGGAGUUCUUGGAGCGGGAGUAUGCUGCCAGAUUGGAGACGGCGGUUCAUAGACAUGCCAUGACAUCAACUCGUCAUCGAAGAACCAACAAAGUUGACCACAUCAGCUUUGACACCACAAAAUGUUAAAGACACUGAUCAGCGAAGUCAAUCUAAAUUCUAGUGAAAAAAUUAGUUUGAACUUAUCUUUAAAUGGUUAUGUGACAUUUAUGGGAAGAAAUAGUAACAAAGAUCUAAACUGGAUCACCAUACGUAUGUCUGCGAUUAAAAAAAAAAAGGUGCUUUCUUGAGGAACAGGCUUUGGCAUUGCAACGUCCAGUCUGCCCAAGUUAGUCCAACCAAGGACACCUAUAACAGGAGGAAUGGACAUGGCAAUUGUAGAGGCUACGUCCCACAAAAGUUACAAGGGAUGUUACCAUACUGUAUGAAAAAUCAAUUUAAAAGACUUUUUUUGUUUUUAUGAUAAUAUUUCUUACUUUAAAUGAAAAUAAAUAUCGAAAGUUUCUGGUUCAGAUAGAAAAAAAUAGAGUUUUGGGAAUGGGUAAUCAUGAAUAAAGUAAAAGGUGUGCAGUUAGGCUUUAAAUGAAAGUAUCUGCCCGCCUGUUUCAAUUUAUCCAUCCGUAAAAGAGCUUUGACAAAAAGUAUAAUCGGUCUAGCGUAGCUGAUGUUCACUCCUCGAGUUUAAUGUCUUUGUGGUGAAACAUGAAACUAGGAAACUAUUAUUAGAAAUUGCGAAUCAAUCUAUUCAUUAUUUGAGUUUCAAGAAAUUAAUUCCGAGUUACCUUUGGAUGCACACACCUUGCAUAUUUGUUCAUGUGUAACCGACGCAAAGCAAAUGCACAAUCAGGAUGCUUCAGGCUUUAUCCUUUAAACUUUAGGAGGUCUACAAAUUCAUUUGCGAGACGCUUUUGCCCCCCAUAGCAAAUUUCAUGAAUUCAUGGGAAGCUGAAUUUGCUAAAGACGUGUUAAAAGUGUACGCAAUGAUUGGGAGCUUCAUGCAAGUAAAACAUAGAUCCGAGGUGUUUUCGAAAUCAAAAUGAUUAAUGUUUCUCCUUGCACAACGUGAUAGAAAAAAAUGCUUUACCUCGAAUCCUCAAGAAAUGCCAUUAUAUGUGAAAUACAAAAUCCAGCAUGAUGUUAAACACUACUCAAUACGCCU